AUGUAUAUAUUCGGUGGGCGUACGGACGAGGGCGUUGACCUUGGGGAUCUGGCGGCGUUUCGCAUCACCACCCGGAGAUGGUACUCCUUCCAGAACAUGGGACCCGCGCCAUCUCCGAGGUCCGGCCAUAGUAUGACGGCUUUCGGAAAGCAAGUUAUCGUUAUGGCUGGAGAGCCGAGUUCGGCACCCAGAGACCCCGUGGAGCUCAGCAUGGCCUACAUCCUCGACACCGCGAAAAUCCGGUAUCCCACCGACUCUCAAAACGGAGGAGAGAGAGGUCCGCCCCCCGGAGCGAGGAAAGGAAGUGCCGAUAGACCUGGUCCCCUAACCGGUCGCACCUCGCGCGAAGCUCAAAAUCAACCUGCAGACGUGCAGCAACGACGGCCGGGACCGUCACGCGAGAGUAUGAUAAGCCCAACCGGUCGACCAGCAGAGUUCGGGCCCAGCCCCGGACCGGGUUCAAGGCUGCCCCGGGCAUCCAUCGCACAGGCUCCGUCCGGGCCUCCUCCUCCGGGUCAGGCACCUACGCCCGGCCCUCGAGGUAACGCCCCUCAGCCUGCCAUGAACCCCCGCAGCAAAACGCCGACAAAGCUCGAUCGUGCAUACGGAGGUCCGCCCGUGGACACUGUUCGGGCAGUGACCGCCGAACGCGACAGGGAGUCGCCCAGAGAGUCCCCCAAGGACCCCCGAUCGGUCUCCGAAGCUGGUUCCUACCCCACGGGUCAGCGCACGCCUACUCAGCAGUCUCAGCCCCAAACUCAACCUCAAUCGAGGAUGUCUGCCAAGGCUAUGGAGGCUGGCGAGGCUGCACCUCUCAUGAGUGCGCCGACUAGACAACGUUCUCUGCGUCAGCAACGACAGCGAAGCUCUAUGGAUAGCGCCGACGAGUCCGUCCUAGGCCGACACCCUAGCAUCGAUGGGUCGGUGGAAUCCCGGGGUCAACGAAACUCCAGGACCCUUGGAGACGAGCCGCGAUCGCCCCGGUUAACUGCUCACCAAGAGGCGCUAAUUAAGGAGCUUGAACUGGUGAAAAACCGCAACGCGUGGUAUGCAUCGGAGCUGGCGUUGGCCAAGAAGGCCGGUUACUCACCUAAUCUGGCCAAUGGUACCAACUUGGAUGAGCAGGCGGUGGAUACGUUUGCUGACGAGGAUCGGCCGUUGAUCGAGGCAUUCCUCGCCAUGAGGGCAGAGUUGGCAAAGAUGCAAGCAACCGUGGACCGACAAGCCGCGAUCGCUUCCAAACGCGUUGCCGAAGUUGAACACCAAAGAGAUGUUGCUGUCAACGAGGCUGCUUAUUCGCGGGCUAAGCUCGCUGCUCAUGGUGGCAGCCAGCGCGGUACACCCCAGCCAGACAGACGCUCCCAAGACCACGAGGAUACGAUCACCGACCGAAGCACCGAGAUCAGCAGAAGACUUGCCCUAGCUCUCGCCUCUCAUAGCGAGGCCAAAUCCAAGCUCGAGGUCCUCACGAACGAACUCGACCAGGAGAAACGUGGCAGGGAAUUGGCGGAAGAAACGUGUGAGGCCACACGCCGAAGACUUGCCGAACUUGAAAUGCAAAAUAACGCUAUAGAAAUGGAAAGUCUGCGCGCCCAACUCCACCAAGCGGAGGCUGCCGUCAGGGAAGAGUCAUUGCUACGAGCUGAUGCCGACUCCGCUUUGAAGCAACUGACUCUGGACAAGGAGGAGUUGCUGAAGAAGCUCGAGGAAUCUUCUAUUCGCCUGGGUGACUUGGGAAAUAAUCUCGGUACUCUUCGAGAGGCCGUGAAUGCUUCGACCGACAAAUCGACUCUCCUUGAAAGACAAUUAGAAGAAGAACGGGAGCGUCGGGGGGGACUGGAGAAGAAGUUGCUGCAGCUGAGAUCGGAACAUGAAGAACGGACGUCCGAGUUGGAGAAUGUCAACCGUCGUCUGCGAGACGCCGAAGAGCUGGCUGAGACCAGCGCGAGAGAGGCUGAGACGCAUAAGAACGCCUUCUUGUCCGGCCUCGACCGCGCCUCGUCCUUUGAUUCGGAAGCAUCCAUGCGCUCGCUUGCGGACCAGCGCGUGUCUGCUCUCGAGGCCCAGGUGGAGAGGGCUAACAAUUUGGCGAAGGCGAGCCACACAGCCGCAGAUGAUGCGGCAGAUAAGCUUCGACGUGCGGAAGAGAGAAUCGCCGGCUUAGAGGCAUACCAGGAACAGGCCAGCAGAGAGGGCUUGCAGCUCCGUAGACAACUCCAGACUGCGAUGAAGGAAAGUCAGUCGCAUGCCGCCGAGAAUAGGGACCUCAAGGCUCAGCUGGAGAACCACCAGCGAGAGUCAGGCGCAUUGGCUAUCCAACAUGCUGCUCUCAAGGACCUCCUGGGUGAGCGCGGCGUUGGUUAUCCGGAUAACAGACGCUCCCCUCGACUCGACUCCCCUGGGUCUCGGUUUGGAACGCCCGAACAAGGCCGGUUACGUGAACUGGAGCAACAGCUCUCGACCAGCAUGAAGGCGCACGAGGAACUGAAGUCGUCGUUCGAAUCUCGUGAGCAGGAAGCCGAUCGUGCCUACAGAGAGAAGCUGGAGCAGCUCGAGAACGACUACCAAUCGGCUGUUCACUACGUGAAGGGUACCGAGAAGAUGUUGAAGCGCAUGAAGGAUGAACUCAGUCGGUACAAGGCCCAGAACGCCAAACUGCAGUCGGAAUUAGAAACCGCACAGAAGGAACUUUCAAACGGAGGUUCCGAAGCCCCAGCCGACUGGGAAGCCGAGCGCUCGCAUCUCCAGCAGACCAUCGAAGAUAUGCACGAGGAGACAACAUCCUCCAUUACGAUCCUCGAGGAUCAGAUCACCCGCCUGAGGGCAGAACUUUCGGCCGCCGAAGCUGAUAGGGAUGAAUCUCGCAGCGAGUUCGAGAGUAUGCGGCAAGAGCUCGUCGCCGCUGCGGAGAAGAGCCGUGCGGAAUUGGAGCAGCUGAAGCAGGAGAACUCCCUGCUUGAAACCCGCGCAUCCGAUGCCGAACACAAGGUCACCAUGCUUCUGGACCAGGUUGAGGCGUCCGUCGGGCAUUACCGCCGACAGUCGCAGCCCGGUCAAGGCAUCAACGGCAUCUCCCGCACUCACAGCAAUGCCUCGAGCAACACCAUCAGCGGUGCUGGAAACCGGUCGAGAGCCAAUAGCGCCGUGUCGCAGGAAGAGCCUUUCCCAGACAACCGUGGAUCCAUGGCCCUGGACUCCCUAGCCAACGAGCUAGAAACCCUGCGGAGCCACUGGGAGAGCACCAACCGGAACUAUCGGCUUAGCACUCAGUCUGACUUCGAUCGGACGCCCACCAAAGAGACCGGGCUCAGCGAUAGCUUGGCCGAAUGGAGGCGACGAUUGGAUGAAGAGGAAGCGAGAGCGAGUUCCCCAGAAAAGAGCAAGCCUCGGAAUGCUGGCGAGGCACACGCGACGGCAAACAUGAUAUGA